AUGUCGCCACAGGUUAGCUCAUCCGCGAGGACCAAGUUCCACGUUGCCAUUGUCGGUGCAGGCCCUGGUGGCCUAACCCUCGCAGUAGCUCUCUCAAAAUUCAGCGACCCCCAGUGUCCUGUCAUUGUCGAUCUCUAUGAGUCUCAGCCGGAGAUCGGCACCGUCGGCGCUGGACUCAGCGUCUGGCCACGGACACGGCCGCCUCUCACGGAGCUUGGACUCAUGCAACACCUUCAGGGAGAGCUGAAUGCCGAGAUUGAAGAGGGUAAAGUGGGCAAAGGCUUCUUGUACAGGAAGUCUGACGAACCGGAAGGCUAUCCAAUGUAUCAGAUGCACUCGGCUUCGAACCCAUUAUUGGUGCAUCGCUCCACGUUCAUUCACGCCAUCGAGAAGGAGCUGCCCUCGGCACCGCUCUGCAACUUCCAUCCGUGCAAGCGCCUAUAUUCUCUAUCCCAGAAUGAGGAGGACGGGCUGGUCACGCUGUCAUUCGCAGAUGGAACGACAGCGACAGCCGAUGUCGUGAUCGGCGCGGACGGCAUCCGGUCCGUGGUGCGCGCUAACAUGCUCACUGACGAAGAACGCGUUGAGCCGAAGUGGUCGGGCGUCACCGCGUACCGAGCCUUGGUGACACGAGAAGCGCUGGUAGCCAAGGGUAUGGGGGAUCAUCCAAUGCAGGCCGAGCCGCAGAUGCAUUGUGGUAAAGGUAGACACAUCGUCUCCUAUCCCGUCUCUCGUGGCGAAUGCGUCAACACGGUGGCGUUGGUCACCAGCGCAAACUAUGGCAAGUUUGAAGGUAGAUGGGUGCGCGACGCCCCAGUGGAGGAGAUGCGUGCAGCUUUCGCAGGCUGGGAGCCCGAAGUAGAAAGAUAUUUGGAGUGUGUCGAAGAAUGCCAAGCUUGGGCGCUACACGUAGUGCUAGAUCUGCCACGCUGCGCAGCUGGAAGAGUAGCGAUCCUGGGUGAUGCGAUGCAUGCGAUGGAGACUAAUGUCGGCGCUGGUGCCGGGCAGGCCAUCGAGUCCGCGUACAUCCUUGCGCGCUUGUUGACGCAGCCGUCUGUAUCGCGCUCGACGAUACCCCAAGCUCUACAAGCAUACAACAAGUCUCGUCUCUCUUUCACCAUGGAUGUUGUCCGCCAGACACAUUACGCCGGCAGGCUGUUCGAGUUCAACGAGGGCCCGUUGCCAUUCGAGCCUUCGGAUAAGGCAUGGCAAGAGAAGUGGGGCAAGGAAGUGUCACAUAUGUGGGAUUUCCAGAUGCACACGGGCGAGGCGGAGAAGUGUUGGAAAGAGACAGAGGGUUACCUGCGCGAUAACUUGGCCGAGUUAGAGAUUUGA